AAAUAAAAGAUAUCUAUUUUUAAAGUUUUAUGAAUUGUGGUAUAGAACUAUAAGCCAACAUACUAUUUUAGUAUUUGAUAAAUUCUAUUUGAGUAUUGCUAAAUAAUUAUAAAUUCAAAAUAAAAAAUCUUAUACAAAAGUGAAACAUCCGGUUCAGUCGAGUUGACCCGGUCCAAUCACGAUCCAAUAACGAUGCCGGUUCUGUAAUUGGUCCGGUUUUAAAAACAUAGGUUAUAAUUGAUAAUUUAGAAAAGAUUAACAGUAAAGGAGUUCAUUGCAUAAUCGGUUAAACAAGAAAAAAAAAAUUAAAAAAGAAAAAGAAAAAGAAAACAGAAUAACAGAAAAUCUUUUUUGAGUUUUGAACGUUGGGAUUUUGUGUUGAGGGGUUCCUCCUCUUAGUCUCUUACCAAUAGGAACAGUCAUCUCUCAUCCAAACUAUGUUUCUUCUUCCUUACAGACCAAAUUAAUAUACUUAUGCAAUUAUCUAUGAUCACAUAGAAACAUAUAUAUGCAGAGAAUUGCUGAUGAAGCUGAUUAUUUGAUUGGGUUUUUAGUAUAAAUUUCUGAAAAUCUUUGAAGGUUUCAUUUAUACUUUCUUAAAUACUCAACAAACAGUGUCAAGAAAUGGCUAAUAGAAAUAUGUCAUCAACCUGGUUGUCCAAGAAUGCAUCCUCAUCAGAACAUGAAUUGCCCCUGUCUUUAGACAGAGAACUUUGGGCUUCAAAAUCAGCAAAAAUAUCUUCCCUACUAAAAGGAAAUCCUAAAGAAAACAUAAACACUCUUCUUCAAGAUUUCUCUGCCAAUCCUGAAAUUAUUGAGCUCGUUGCAAGAUUCUGUCAUGGGUUUGAAAUAAAUUUAGCAUCUGAGAAUGUUAUUCCUCUUAUUUGCAUUGCUUACUAUUUGGAUAUGACAGAAACUCAUAGCAGUAAUAAUCUACUAAAGAAGGCUGUGACCUUGUUUGAACAAAAAGUUCUUCCAAAUUGGAAUGAAACAAUCAAAGCUUUUCGUUCUUUGAAUGGCAGUAUGCUUCAACAAGCAGCGCGAAUAGGUUUGCUCGAUGCUUGUUUAGAUUCUUUAGUCGAAAAAGCAAAGGCUAACCCUUGUCUUCUCGGAGAUCCAUUAAUAAUAAAAAAUUCUGAUGAGGAUAGUGGCGAUGAGAAGGAAGGAUAUAGACCAAAUGCAAGAAGAAGACUUUUUGUUGUUCUUGAUUGGAAAUCGGAGGAUUUAUCAACCUUGUCUCUUAAGCUAUAUCAGCCUGUAAUUCGCGCUAUGGUUGAACAAGGAGUUCAAUUACAGUAUGUGAUGGCCUCUCUCUGUCAAUACUUGGAGGAAUGGGUUUUCUCCAGUGGAGAUAACAUGUCAAUUUACAAAAGGAAUUGUCAAAGGGAUGUGAUUGAAGUAGUUGAAGGACUCUUGCCUACUGAGAAAGGACUAGUUCCUUGUACAUUGUUGUUUAAAAUGCUCAGGCAUGCAAUUUUGUUGGAAUCAAGCAAUGAUUGUAGAAAUGGACUGGAAAGUAGAAUUGGGAAGCAAUUAGACCACGCAACAGUGAGAGACUUAUUAAUACCUUCUCAAGGGUAUGCAAAGGAAAUGCAAUAUGAUAUAGAAUGUUUAAGGAGGAUUUUGAAGCAUUUUUAUAGCAACUAUACCUGUUCUGAAAAUUCAGGCCUAAUUGUAGUUGCAGAACUCAUUGAAGAUUUUUUAGUAGAAUUAGCAAGUGAUAUAGAUUUGAAGAUAGAUACAUUUAUCGCGUUUGCUGAGAUGUCAAUAGCCGUUUCAUCUGGAACACAAAAAAAUUCUGAUGGAAUAUAUAGGGCUAUUGACAUUUACCUUGACAAACACAGGUUUUUGACAGAACUAGAAAGAGAAGAGGUAUGCAAGAUAUUGGAUUGCCAUAAAAUGUCACCUGAAGCUUGGGAACACGCUGCGAAGAACGAAAGGCUGCCUUUAAGGUUUGUAGUGCAAGUAUUGUUUGUAGGACAGUUGCGACUGCAAGAGCACAAAGACACAGUGGAAAAGGAAGUUCAACUUCUUGAUGAAAAUUUGAGGAGAGAAGAAGAAGUAAGGAUUGAAAUGGAGAAAAUGAGCAUUAAAGUAAGGGAGUUAGAGAAAGAAUGCCUUAUAAUGAAGAAAGAAAUUGAGAAUAAUGGUUGCAGCAAUCACAAAAUGAUUAAAACAGGGAAGAUCAGUAUGUGGAAAGAAAUGAAGAGAAAAUUAGGGUGCAUUAGUAGCAUGAAUGAUUGUAAUUGCCAAGUGAAAAAGAAGAAAGUACUUCCAAAAUAAUAGCUCAUUAGAAUUUAUCAGAUUCAUCUUCUCCCAAUUUAUGUGUAUUCUGAAUACAUAUACUAUAUAUUUCUGCAAUUUUUCUUCGGUUAUGCUUCUUUA